UCUCUCUCAUGCUGAGGUUAUCUUCAAACUUCAUUCCCUGAUUCCCUAUUCACCAUCAGAACAGUUGUAUCCAAACAAGUUUCCGCAGGCAGUAAUCUUGUGUUUUGAUCAGCUGAUGAGGAGAUAAAGCAUCUUAAAUCUCGAGGUAAUCAUGUAGGAUGGUGGAUAACGAGGACGAGUUAAUACUCAACAGCCGUCGUCGUCCAUACAACUCUCUCUCUCUCUCUCUGUGACUCAUACUUCAAGCAUCAGUUGGAUAAGUUCAUCUUCAAACUACAUCCCUUCAUCCCCUCCCUAUUCACCACCAGAACCGUCAAAGUUGUAACCAAGCAAAGCUGCGCAGGCAUUAUUAAUCUUGAGUUUUGAUCAACGGACGACGUGAUCAGCAUGUAAGGUAAUGGAUAAAGCCAUGUGGAAGUCAAAAUCUGGAAGAAGAUGGGGAAGCCUUUUGGCGUCGUCUUCUUUGGCGGAAUGAGGCCACCAAGAAACAAUAAUGGGGAUUGGAUUUCCUGUGGGUCUCUCUCGAGAUACGCAGCGUCCGCCCACCGCAUGCACGUAAGCAUCAUCUCGCCUUCUCCGCCGGAUAUUAUAAGGUCUUACAUGGCGUGGCUAUGGUUCCCGGCGGAAGGGGAGGAUGGCAUUGUGGUGAUUAAGGACCAGAAGAAGGGGUGUCUGCGGGACGCGAAUCUGGGAUCCACCCGAUGGACCGGCCUGAUUGACGCGUGUCCGAGACCGACGGUCGGGCGGAGGCCGGGGCGGGACCCACUUUAUCCACAACGUCCGCGUUCGCCGCCGCUGUCGGUCGCUGUGGCGGCGCCGCGCCGUGGAAAAAAUGAACCGUCCUUUGACCGCCAGCAGAUCUCCCGGAUGAUCACCACCGUCGAUCUCAUCAGAUCCAUGGUUAGGAUCAUCGAGAGCACCAGUGUGGCUCCGCUUCCAACCACUGCGUCACGACUUAAGUGCUACUACUGCUUCGUGUGUCCACCCCGUCGGUGGUCAACUUGGUCGUGACUUAAGCCGGGAGGAAAAAAAAUUAUGACUUUAAAUUCUUAUGAAAUGCAUAGAAAUUUGCUUCUGAUCAACUCUCAGAUUUUGUU